AACAACUAGCAGCGCUUGAAAGAAAGUGUGUAGUCACCGUGUGUUACCCGGUCUACUGUUAUAUAUUUCAGCACAACAGUCGUAUUUUUCCAAAUAAUUCUUCAUAUUGGUCCCUACUUUUACAUCCGCCAUCAUGUCUAUUAUGUCAUAUAACGGAGGUGCCGUCAUGGCAAUGCGUGGAAAGGAGUGUGUGGCGAUAGCAUCAGACCGGAGGUUUGGCAUCCAGGCGCAGCUGGUUACCACUGACUUCCAGAAGAUCUUCCCUAUGGGAGAGAGACUCUACAUCGGACUGGCAGGCCUUGCCACAGAUGUGCAGACAGUAUCUCAAAGGCUGAAGUUCCGCCUGAACCUGUAUGAGCUGAAAGAAGGUCGUCAGAUCAAGCCAAGGACCUUCAUGAGCAUGGUGUCCAAUCUUCUGUAUGAGAGGAGGUUUGGUCCAUACUACAUUGAGCCAGUGAUUGCUGGUCUGGACCCCAAGACCUUUGAACCCUUCAUCUGCUCUCUUGACCUCAUCGGAUGCCCAAUGGUAACAGAAGACUUUGUUGUGAGUGGUACUUGCUCGGAGCAGAUGUACGGCAUGUGUGAGUCUCUAUGGGAACCUGACAUGAAACCAGAAGACUUAUUUGAGACCAUCUCACAGGCCAUGUUGAAUGCUGUCGACAGAGAUGCAGUGUCUGGAAUGGGAGUCGUUGUUCAUGUCAUUGAGAAGGAUAAGAUAACUACACGCACCCUGAAGGCCAGAAUGGACUAGAAAAAAAAAACGAUCACUGCUGUGUUUCCUCUCCUACAACCUGCUUUUUUUGUAUUGAAAUAGAAUUUCCCUUAUUUCAUUCGUCAUCAAUAAAAAUAAUUGUUCAACAAA